AUGGUUGUGACCAGUGCAAAGAAAGAAGAAUCAAGCCCUUCUCCCAUAGGAGAAGGACUGGGCAAUGUGUUAGGUCUAGCAGCUGGCGUGCAAUCUCCUCGGGAGUUAUGCAACUCCCGACUUUCAUCGAUUUCCCAUGGCGAUACCUUUGGUUCGUUUCUUGAGAGGGUAGCAGAGGCAGCCUACAUUGCCCAAGAAUGGACCAGCCAGGACCCCGAACUAAUGCAUCAUUUUACGCUCCACACUUCCAAGUCUCUCGCUAGGCGGCAGCAAAUGCAAGAUACAUGGCAAAUUACUUUCCCGACUUUGGCUUACUCAUAUGAAUUCCUGAUGCAUGGCAUUCUUGCCCUGUCGGCGCUCCACCUCGCCCAUCUUAAACCUGAAAAUCACAGCCGGUACAUCACAAGCUCCAGAUUCCACAUCUCCCUCGGCUUGCGCUCUUUCCGGAGAAUACUUCCGUCGCCCACGACUGACAACUGCUGUGCAUUGUUCGCCUUUUCAAGCCUGAUCAUGGUCUACGUAUAUGCUUCCCCAGCAGAGUCCGCGGAUGUCGACAUGGUCGACACGCUCGAAUCCACUCUGCAUUUGUUCAAGUUGUGUCGGGGAACCCUGGUCCUCAAGCCUUACAUAAAUCAUGUGCGAAACAGCUCUCUAGGGCCACUCUUUCGGCAGGAGUUUGGUAUGCAGGAGUUUGAUGGAAAGUAA